GUGUCCUCAGCGGCCACACACCCUCUUGCGGGGGCGACUUUCGGCGCCCUGCCCCAUCCUCUUCCCUCAGCGUCAUCGACCCGAUGCACCUGACAGCGAACACGGGAGGCGCCACGACGGCCGCCGCGUCUCCUGAAGGAAGCAACGCCGGAAAUGGUAAUAUCCUCAAUGACACAUACACAAAGAUGACAUCGGACAUCCUGGCUGAGAGGACGUUGGGAGACUUCUUGUCGGAACAUCCUGGUGAACUUGUCCGGACAGGAAGCCCUCACUUCGUGUGCACGGUCCUCCCGCCGCACUGGAGGUCCAACAAGACUCUUCCCGUCGCAUUCAAAGUGGUGGCUCUGGGGGACGUGCUGGACGGCACCCUGGUCACUGUACGGGCCGGCAACGACGAGAACUACUGCGCCGAGCUUCGCAACUGCACGGCGGUCAUGAAGAACCAGGUGGCCAAGUUUAAUGACCUCAGGUUCGUCGGCAGAAGUGGCAGAGGAAAAAGUUUCACACUGACAAUCACAGUGAGUUCCUCACCCCCACAGAUGGCGACGUACAACAAGGCCAUCAAAGUGACGGUGGACGGGCCCAGGGAACCCCGCUCCAAAACAAGACAGCAGCAGCAAUUCCACGCUUUCGCCUUUGGGCAGCGCCCCUUCCUUUCGGGACACUUCGGCAGCCCGCUGGACCCCCUGCAGAGAACAGAUCCGCUAUCAGGGUCACUCGGCUUCAGGAUGCCUGCCAUGUCCAACUGCCAGAACAUGGGCCAGUUCGGGCUGAGUGCGACAAACAGCCACUGGGGGUACAGCGCCGCGAACCCUUACUCUUCGUACCUAGGGCCCGCGGGGGCGCUGGGUAGCUGCGCCGCCGCUGGGGGCGGUUUCAGCGCUCCGGCUCUCGGCUUCUCUACGGCCGCCGCCACAGCUGCAAGUGACCUGAAUGGAGGUGGGCAGGGAGGCGCACAUGACGCCUUCGGUACUGCUAGCGCCGUCUCCUCGCUUCUGCCGGACACCACGGGGUCUACAGGCGCUGGAACAGGGAUUCCAGGCACCGAUCUUGACCAGCAUUUGGGGACUCUUGUGGUACCACAUGGCGGCAACAGUCAUCACCAAACUGGCACCGCCAAUAACACUACACACCACGGUGCCACCAACAAUACACACAACCACCAUCAGGAGCGGGUCAUCUCGUCGGCGUCCUCCAACGUCACGUCAGGAGGAGGUCUCCUCGUACCUCGGUACCCAGGCGUUGGGUCUUCAUCCGUCACUGUGUCCACGACGGAUUUUGGGCUGGGAGGACCCCGGUCGUUGUCAGAUUCAUCCGCUGGUGAGAGUCCUGUUGGGAGCGAGGAGAUAUUGCCCACCGUUGGGGUCGGUGGGAAUUCACUAGUCGGCCACCAUCUUAGUUCCGGAGGAGGCAGUGCAGGUGCGGGGGGUGUGGCAUGUACCAACGGCACAAGUUUCUCAUCCCUCAUGUCUGGACACCACCAUAAUCAGCAGAGCUACGGAGGUGGUUCUACAAACCCAUCACCCGCCGGUCUCUACCUCAGUACACCGGUUCUACCUGCGUCACUGCUCUACUCCCAACUGUACAGUGCAGCGAGUAGUCAUCAGAAUCAUCAGUUUCACCACUUGCAUCACCAUCAUCACCACCACGCAGCUACAGCAAGUACUCAAGACAUCAUGGACCAUACGAAUGCUGCUUCGGGUCUCGGACAACGUUCCACAGUUAGCGAAAUUUUACUGGGAGGUGGCGGUGCCACGACGGGGUCCUGUGUGGCCGCAGUGACGUCAUCAGCAGGUGCGGUGGUUCCAGGCGGACGUGGUGCUUCAGGGUUGUCGGAUGACGAGCAUCAAACAGCUGCACAGCAAGUUGUUGUUGGUGCUCAGCAACAACCGAGAUCUCACUCCACAGCCGACAGCACAGCGGUCUGGAGACCGUACUGACUCGUCCAGGAAUAACCAGAGGCUUCCGCACCACCUCUCUGCACUGUAGAAGAAUUUUUGUAGGCAUUGGAUGUGUUCUGGGUCAAGAGUUUUGGAUGACCGUCCUCUGCAGGGCAUCCAUAGAUGUUUUGGAUCAUUUGGAAACCUGUAGGCCCCGUCCGAAUAUUAACGGUAUUGAAUUAUAUAUAGAAAAACACAUGAGGUCAUUGGAUGGUUUUGUAAAUUCAGUGAAGUGCUUGGAAAAUGAUAGGAAGAUCGAAAAUCUCCUCUACGUUUAGUCACGAUGUCAAAUUUGCAUAUCUGUGAGUCGAAACACCUUUGAAACUCCAAUAAACUCUUAAAGUGGAUGAUUACAGUUUCAUGACACGGAAAUAUUUGAUCUGAGCACUGCGUAUAUUAAUAACGAUGAAUUAUUUUAAAUAUUUCAUGUUGAACCUUCCAGAAGGUUCCAACUGGACGCCUGUGUACUAGAAUUGAGGUGACAAUGUUGACUAUAACGGCACAGUAUAGUCUUAUAUGAUUUUCAACAUAAAAUAUUGACGAAGUAUAACAGAAACUCGGUGGUCGAUGAAGAAUUAUGCGUAUUUCCAAGACAAGUAUAUUUUGUCAUCCAAAUCAAUUGGAAUUGCUAUCGGUUGUCAGUAGUAGCUCUUCACUGAAAUUCUAAUAGGCAGCAUAUAUAAAGGGUCAUUUAUGGGAUGUUUGAAACAAGAAGUGGACUUUAUGAACCCAGACGAUAAUCCGUGUAUUAAUUAUGAAUUCGCGUUGAUUAUUUGCACUAGCAGGAAGUAACAGAGUAAAAGCCUAACCGGUUUAUUGUGUUAUGUGCUGACAUUGAUAUGUCGGUGGCUACAGGCAGGUGACCAACUGACUCCAAUGUGAUGAAAAUGUAAAUGUAAUAUUGCACGUCAAAUUUUGCAUCUGACGCUCAGACUUCGUAGAAUAAUUUCAGAUUUGGAGCCAUUAUAUUACUGAAGUUAAUUCUAAAAUAGUCAGUAGAAUUAAAACUUUGAAUACUCACUCACUCACUCAUGGAUCUGAGCCCUCCUUGAGUAGCUGUCAAUUGUGCAGCUACUCAAGAACU